CCACCAUAUUACACUUAUCCUCCUACCUAGCACAAAAAAAAAAAAGAAAGAAUGAAGGUUCAAAUCCAAUACCUGGUGGCGCUCUCCCUCCUCUUGGCGGCGGCGGAGGGCCUCGUGCAAGACUUCUGCGUGGCGGACCUCAGCCUCCCGGCGACCCCCUCCGGCUACCCCUGCAAGAAAACGGUGACAGAGAAGGACUUCGCCUACAGCGGCCUAGCAGCCGCAGGCAACACCUCCAACAUCAUCAGCGCAGCAGUCACCCCAGCCUUCGACGGGCAGUUCCCGGGCGUGAACGGGCUGGGGAUCUCAAUAGCGCGCCUCGACCUAGCAGUCGGGGGGGUGAUCCCCAUCCACACCCACCCGGGAGGCUCGGAGAUCAUCGUGGUCAUCGAGGGGACGAUAUGCGCGGGCUUCAUCUCCUCGUUCGCAAACACCGUGUACCUGAAGACUCUCAACAAGGGAGACAUAAUGGUGUUCCCGCAGGGGCUGCUGCACUUCCAGUUCAACUCCGGGAAAGGGCCCGCGCUCGCCUUCGUCAGCUUCAGCACGCAGAACCCGGGACUGCAGCUCACGGACUUUGCGCUGUUCAAGAACGAUUUGCCCACUGAGCUUGUAGCCAAGAUCACGUUCCUUGAUGUUGCGCAGAUCAAGAAGCUCAAGGGCGUCCUCGGCGGGACUAAUUAAUUAAAUUGUUUUAUCACUUUCGUUUUUUUUUGUGUGUGUGUGUGUGUGUGUUAUUCUGCUGUGUCUUUCCUUCGUUUCUCAUUCGUCAUAUGUUGAUUUGCUUCUCAUAAAUUGCUUCUCUUUUCCAUCA